GGUCAGUUCAGGCGACUCCGCGCGCGAACUUCGCCGCAAAGCGUCCCCGCGCGCGUGUUGUUUCUCGGAGCAGAUUGUGCAACAUGUUUUUACAUGAACUUUAAUCCGUCGCGAUUGUAUUGUCGCCCCUUUUUACGGCUGAGCGCGAGCUAAUGUUUAACAGGAGAGCCUCGCGAGCCCUGCAGCCCCCUGCUUUCCUCCUUUUCUUAACACGCUCAGCAGAAAUCAGUGAAGAGGAACGUAAUCGGCCGCUCAGCGCGGAGUGUUUCCCCCUUUUCUGAAUCAGCCCGGGAGCCAGAGAUGGGAACGAACGUGUGGAAGAUCGUCCUCGCUGUGUUGGCGGUGGCCGUGGUGGUGAUUCUGAUUGCUGUCCCAACAGCUUUGUUUCUGAAUGAGAAGAAAGAAGACCCCCAGAGGACCUUCACUCUGAAUGACUACUUCAACAGCACCAUCAGAACCAGAUCCUUCAACCUGCGCUGGCUCUCCGAUAACGAGUACCUGCAUAAGACGCAAGAGGGGUCGGUCUUACUAUUUAACGUUUCUUCAGAGAACGGCCAGGAGUUUCUGAGCCGCCAGCUGUUUGAUCGCGUCGAGGCCUUCGAUUACAUGGUGUCGGCCGAUCGCAAGUUUGUCUGUUUUCUGAGUAACUACACGAAGCUCUGGAGACACUCCUACACGGCCUCCUACUCCAUCUACGACCGCGAGAGUGGGACUUUUAUUACUGCAGAUAUCCCACAUGAGGUCCAUUAUCUGGCCUGGUCACCAACUGGCCACAAACUAGCGUAUGUGUGGAUGUAUAAUGUGUAUGUGAAGGACAGCCCCACCACACCAUCGCAGCAAGUCACCUUCAACGGAGCUCAUAAUAAGAUCCUGAAUGGCAUCCCUGACUGGGUGUAUGAAGAGGAGAUGUUUUCCACAAACCGUGCUCUGUGGUGGUCACCAACGGGCAAGUACUUGGCCUUCGCUGAGUUCAACGACACCAACGUUCAUACAAUCGACUACUCGUGGUACGGAGAUGGCCAGUACCCGGAGAUGGUCAUCAUCCCAUACCCCAAGGCAGGAACGCCGAACCCGACUGUGCGCCUGUUCGUGGCUGAUGCCACUAAUGUGUCCAGAAUUACGGAGGUCGUGGUGCCAAGCGCUGUUGGGGAACGAGAGCACUACCUGAGCACCGUCACUUGGGCAACGGACGAGAGAAUCGCAGUUCAGUGGCAAAACAGGACCCAAAGCUAUGUGACUCUGCAGCUGUACGAACUCAACGGCGACACCUGGAGAGAAACCACGGGAAUAAAUGUGUCGAGCAGCACAGGCUGGGUCGGCCGGUUUUCCCCAGAUGAUCCCGUCUUCCACCCAAGCGGCUCCACCUUUUACUAUGUCAAGAGCGACACGAACGGCUUUAAGCACAUUCAUCACGUCACCGGAAACACUAUAACACCUGUAACAUCUGGCCAAUGGGAGGUCAUCAGCAUUCUCAAGGUGACCACAAAUGCAAUAUAUUAUGUGAGUAACGAGCACAACGGCAGUCCAGGACAGAGGAAUGUUUACAGAAUCUCUAUCGAAGACUCCACUCAUUCUCAGCCUGUCUGUCUCACCUGUACUGUGAAUGAGGACAGGUGUCAAUAUAACUCCGCCUACUUCAGCACUGAAGGCACCUACUACAGAAUGGACUGUUCAGGUCCAGGGCUUCCUUUGUACACUCUGAGAGACAGUCGAGGUGCUGGUUCAGAGAUCAGAGUUCUGGAGGACAAUAAAAAUCUAGACUCCAUUCUCCAGGACAUCGCCAUGCCCACCGUCACACAUGGCACUAUGAAGAUCGGCGAGUUUGAGCUGUGGUACCAGAUGAUCCUUCCACCCAACUUUGACAAGUCGAAAAAAUACCCUCUGCUUAUUGACGUCUAUGCCGGGCCAUGCAGUCAGAAGUCAGACUUCCGCUUCCGGAUUAACUGGUCCACGUACCUGGCCAGCACGGAGAAUGUCAUCGUGGCCAGCUUCGACGGCAGAGGGAGCGGUUACCAAGGAGACAAGAUAAUGCACUCCAUUUACAAGCGUCUGGGCACUUACGAGGUGGAGGACCAGAUCACUGCUGCCAGACAUUUCAUCAGUUUGGGCUACGUGGAUAAAGAGAAAAUGGCGAUCUGGGGUUGGUCAUAUGGUGGCUAUGUCACCUCCAUGGUUCUGGGAGCAGGCAGCGGAGUCUUCAAGUGCGGCAUGGCCGUCGCUCCGGUGUCUAAAUGGGAAUAUUACGAUACUAUUUACACAGAGCGCUACAUGCUGACUCCAGCGGAAAACCAGGCCUUUUAUGACAACUCCACGGUGACGGGCCGAGCCAAGAAUUUCAAGAGCGUUCAGUACCUGCUGGUGCACGGCACCGCGGACGAUAACGUUCACUUCCAGCAAGCUGCCCAGAUCUCCAAAGCUCUCGUCGAUGAACAAGUGGAUUUUGAUGCAAUGUGGUACACUGAUGAGGAUCACAGUCUUGGGGGGUCAGCCAAUCAGCAUGUCUAUACCUAUUUGAGUCACUUCCUGAAGAGUUGUUUUGCAUGAGAUGUUCCUCGAAAUGUCGACCUUAAAGUCACGAGUCACUUCCUGAAGAACAGCUCUGUUGUAAAUGUUCCCUGACUCAUCAAACUUUGCAAACAUCUUCAUUUGGGACAAUCCACCACAGUUCAUUAGCCAGCUCCACUCCAUCAUACCACAAAUCCUCAAGAGAAAAAACUGAUAUAUUGUGAUAUAUUUUUAUUGAUUCUAUAUUAUUUUAUUAUAAAGCAAAAACUUUACACAUUGAAGCCUCAACACCAAAAGGGUAACAACCAGUUGGAAACAGCUUUAAUGAACUUGUUUUUUUAUUAAUGAAAUAUCUUUAUGUGCUUUGCUGUGCGUCCAAUUCACAAUGCUUGAGCUCUACAACUGUUUGUAGGGACACAACCUAGAUCAGUGGUAAUUUCUGGAGACCUACUGUCCUGCCGAGUUUAGUUCUACUAAUCUGCAUCUAAAAUUCUAACCUUCCUUACCAAACAUUAACGCAUCUGAUCUCGCCAAUCAAGGACUUCUGAAGUAGUCAAUCAGCUGGAGCAGGUGCGGCAGAUUGAGGAUGGAACUAGGCUCUGCAGGAAGGUAGAUCUAGGACCAGGGUUGGUGACCACUGAGCUAGAUGUGCUUCCACUAAAAGAGAAGGUUUCCAACCAUCCAAUCCCUGUCUGAAUUUUGGCCGACUGCAUGUCCUGUCGAUAUUGCAGCUGAUCAAACUGCGAAGACACUAUUUAUGAAAUUUAUUAUUUGUAGUUGUUAAAUGGUCAGAUGGUCAGAAUGGUUCACAGUGGUGGUGAUAGGAACCAGACGUCCACCUCUAAAAGCUCCCUCACAGAAAGUUA